UCCAAUUAAAUGUCAGUUUAGUGCGAAUGUCAGACAAGUUUGUUUUAGCGAUUGUAAACGUGUUCCUCAUCUAGCCACUAAAAAAUUCCCAUUCAUUUAAUCGCCAAUAAUGAAUACCUCAGUUACGAAAAUGCCUCCAAUUACUAUGAGUAAAUUGUAUAUCGGAAAUUUGCCGGCCGACACGAACGAGAUGAUUCUAAGACGAUUAUUUCUGGAGCAGAACUUACCUUGCACGAACGUACUUGUUAAACGUGGAGGUUACGCUUUCGUGGAUUGUCCCGAUCAGUCAUCGGCCGAUAAAGCGAUUGACAAGCUUAACGGUUUUAAUUUUAAUGGAUCGUCACUGCAAGUUGAACCGUCAGUUGCGUCAGGGAAGAAGCGAUCGUAUGUAACUUCGUACCCCGAUAUACCAGUAGACCAAAUAGGAAGUGGAUGGAUCCGAGCCGGAACCGCUGCUCGUUAGUGAUGUUAUGGACGCAGGUGCUAAUAUCUCAAGAUUGAAAACGAGCAUUUGUUAACAUCAUGUAUUAUUUAUUUAUUCAAAUAAAUUUUAUUCUACGUUAA